AUGCCCCAUCACGGUGUUGAAAUCUUGAAUUGUGUUGACUUCGUACCACAAGUAUACGAGUUUGAUCAUGUUUCUAUAGAGAUUCGUGAGCAUUUACUAUUAGGACAUCCUAUUUAUGCCUUAGACUCUAGAAACUAUAAUUUUGCCACAAACACCACGAUCACGAUCGCUAAGACAACCCCAAGAUGA